AUGGCCCCCAUUCAGUACCUGCUCUUUGAAGAGCCCACCGGUUAUGCCAUUUUCAAAGUCAAACUACAACAGGACAAUAUCGGUUCUCGUCUAGGUGAAGUUCAGGAGCAAAUCAACGAUUUUGGUUCUUUUACUAAGCUUGUUGAACUGGUCUCUUUCGCCCCUUUUAAAGGUGCUGCAGAAGCUUUGGAGAAUGCAAAUGAUAUCUCUGAAGGUUUGGUUUCCGAGAGUUUGAAAGCUAUCUUGGAUUUGAACUUGCCUAAGGGUUCCAAGAAGGAGACCGUUACUCUAGGUAUCUCUGAUAGAAAUUUGGGUCCUUCAAUCAAAGAAGAAUUUCCAUAUGUGGAUUCUGUUUCCAAUGAAUUGGCGCAGGAUUUGAUCCGUGGUGUUAGAUUGCACGGUGAGAAAUUGUUCAAAGGUUUGCAAUCUGGCGAUUUGGAAAGAGCUCAAUUGGGUCUAGGUCAUGCUUACUCCAGAGCUAAGGUUAAGUUCUCUGUGCAGAAGAAUGACAACCAUAUUAUUCAAGCGAUUGCCUUGUUGGAUCAGUUGGAUAAGGAUAUCAACACUUUUGCCAUGAGAGUUAAGGAAUGGUACGGUUGGCAUUUCCCGGAACUAGCCAAGCUGGUUCCAGACAACUACAAAUUUGCUCAAUUGGUCUUGUUUGUUAAGGACAAGGCUUCUUUGAAUGAUGAGUCCUUACACGAUUUGGCAGCUAUCUUGAACGAUGAUGCCGCUAUCGCUCAAAGAGUUAUUGAUAACGCUCGUAUCUCUAUGGGUCAGGACCUUUCUGAAACUGAUAUGGAGAACGUUUGUGUGUUUGCUGAAAGAGUUGCUUCUUUGGCUGAUUACAGAAGACAACUGUACGAAUACCUGUGUGAAAAGAUGCACACUGUAGCUCCAAACUUGUCUGAAUUGAUCGGAGAAGUGAUCGGUGCCAGAUUGAUCUCGCAUGCUGGUUCUUUGACCAACUUAUCGAAGCAAGCUGCCUCCACUGUUCAAAUUCUAGGUGCUGAAAAAGCUUUGUUCAGAGCUCUUAAGACUAAAGGUAACACUCCAAAAUACGGUUUGAUUUAUCACAGUGGUUUUAUCGCUAAGGCUGCCACUAAGAACAAGGGUAGAAUUUCGAGAUACUUGGCUAACAAAUGUUCUAUGGCUUCCAGAAUUGAUAAUUACUCUGACGAACCAACAAAUGUGUUUGGUACUGUGUUGAGAAAGCAAGUUGAACAAAGACUGGAAUUUUACAGCACUGGUCAACCAACUUUGAAGAACGAAUUGGCUAUCAAGGAAGCUAUGGAUCUAUAUAACGAGGGUAAACCAGAAGAAGAACCAAAGGUCGAAGAGAAGAAAUCUAAGAAGAGAUCUAAGGAUGAAUCUGAAGAUGAAGAGGAACAAGAGAACAAGAAGGUAAAGAAAGAAAAGAAGGAGAAGAAGGAGAAGAAAGAAAAGAAGGAGAAGAAGGAGAAGAAGGAGAAGAAAGAGAAGAAGGAGAAGAAGGAGAAGAAGGAGAAGAAAGACAAGAAGAAGAAGGAUUAA